CCUUCCAAACUACCGUUUUAAUCUCACUUCAUGUUCACGAUCGGUUUCUUUUUCCCGGACUUUUCUUUCCAUAAGUCGCCUUCUCUUCCCUUUCUCUGCAGCAGCUGUUCCUUUCCCUUUCGAGGGCAUCGUUCGAAUUUUCUAUUAGGAUGGGUCAGGGGGGUGGCCGGGUUCUCUGUUUUAGUGGGUUAAAUUGUUGGUUGGUCUUCUUGUAGCCAAGCAGAUUCGGCUCUUUUCGUGGUCCAAAGCUAAGCAAUAAGCAUUUUUCUCUCUCUCUAUAUAUGAUUAAGAAUACUCGAGCGAGGGAGAGUUGGUGUUUCUCUUAGCUGUAAAGAGAGGCCCGCGAAUGGCGAUUCCGCCACGUCCCCCACGUCUUGACCCCCUUGGACCUUCUUCUUCUUCUGCUUCUUCAUAUUUCUGUCGUCAAUGGUGUUUCCUGCAUUUCUUUCGCUUGCCCUUCCUGUUCCUUUUCUCUUUGAAUUCCAUGUGGGCAAGGGACACCAUGACAUAGAAGGAACCCAAUUCCUUGAUCUUUGUGGCCUGGGAAUCCAUGCUAGUUGGGUAGAAUUACUCCUCUUGUUUACUGUUUCUCGAUGAAAUUGCCUAACUGAGAUUGGAGAAAGAAGGGGGUUUUGUUGGCUUUUGGGGAGAGCUUUUCGCUACAAUGGCGCCUGCUGGGAAAGUUACUGCCUUUCAUAAAGAAGGCAAUGAAUGGUUCUGCAAGUCUGGGUUGCCCAGCGAUAUAACUGUUACAGUAGAUGGAGUUAAGUUCCAUCUUCACAAGUUUCCACUAGUAUCGAAAUGUGGGAAGAUAUCUAAAAUCUGCGAGGAAUGCCCUGAGAAGAAGACAUUGACCACAGAACUCGAACAGUUCCCUGGAAGUUCUGAUGCUUUCUUGAUCGCUGCUAAAUUUUGCUAUGGCAUGCGAGUGGAAUUGACACCACGAAACAUAGUAAUGAUCUACUGUGCAGCCGACUACCUGGAAAUGACAGACGAGUUUGGAGAAGGCAACUUACUGUCAAAAUCAGAGACUUUUCUCCACAAGAACGUACUUCAGAACUGGAAAGACUGUAUAUUGGCUCUCCAAAAUUGCAAUCCAGUUUUGCCAAAUGCUGAGAAACUUGGGAUCAUAACCAAAUGCCUCAACGCCGUAUCUCUGAUGGUUUCAACGGACCCUAGCUUAUUCGGAUGGCCCAUGAUGAUGUACGGCACCUUGCAGAGCCCAGGUGGCAGCAUCUUGUGGAAUGGAAUAAACACUGGAGCAAAGAUCAGGAGCAAUGAAUCAGACUGGUGGUUUGAAGAUAUUUCAUAUCUAAAUGUGUCUAUGUUCGAGAGACUUAUCAAGGUGAUGGGAAAUCGAGGUAUAAGGCCCGAGAAUCUCGCUGGUGCAAUAAUGUAUUAUGCCAAGAAGUACCUACCAGGUUUAGGCCGAUGGCAGAGUGGACAAAGUAGUAGUAAAACUAGAACGGUUGCUAGUCUUAGCUUGACUCCUGCUGCUGUUGACCAACAGGCGUUACUAGAGACGAUCGAAAAGCUUCUUCCAGAAAAGAAGGAGAAAUCGUUUUGCAGGUUUUUGCUUGGACUGCUUCGUGUUGGACUGAUAGUAGGUGUGAGCCUGAGAUGCAAGGAGUCUCUCGAGAGGAGAAUAGGGCUGCAGUUGGAGUUGGCUUCUCUGGAUGGUCUUCUUAUUCCGAAUUAUUCAGACUCUGAUACUCUCUAUAAUACUGAUUGCAUAGACCGUGUUGUUCAUCACUUCAUGUCUUCAGAAUCAGGGAUACCGUCAUUCUCUCCAGUAUCCAUGGACUUGGCGAGAACAUCACCUUCAUUAGAGCCAUUGCGGAAAGUUGGUAAAUUGAUGGAUGAUUAUCUUGCGGAAGUUGCUUCUGAUGUGAAUCUGAAACCUGGAAAAAUUCGUUCUCUUGCUGAUGCUCUUCCAGAAUCCUCUAGACCAUUCCAUGAUGGGUUGUACCGAGCAUUGGACAUAUAUUUCAAGGCGCACCCCUGGCUAUCUGAGAGAGAAAAGGAAGAGCUCUGCAACAUCAUCGACUACCAGAAACUCUCGAUCGAUGCAUGUGCUCAUGCUUCCCAGAACGAACGGUUGCCACUUAGGACAGUUCUUCAAGUGCUCUACUUUGAGCAGAUGCAAUUGAGAACAGCUCUUGCUGGAUGUCUCCAUGUCUUUGAUACAGAAACUGGGCCAGCACCAGCAGUGCCUUUGCCGGGCCAGAUUGUACCGAGAGAUGGGUGGGUGACCGUGGUGAGAGAGAACCAAGUCCUGAAAGGAGACAUGGAAAACAUGAGGUCUAGAGUUGGGGAACUCGAGGAAGAGUUCAGCAGAAUAAAGCAAGAAAUGAGGAAGUGGGCGACACACUCCCAGAGCAUCGGUCGAGCAGCAGCAGCAGCAGCCACCACAAUCAUCCCGGGGUUCAAGACACAGGAAGAGCUUCUCCUUGGUCUGAAAAGCUGCCCGCCUUUCAUCUCUAUCCGACCCGCCUUCUCUCCGAGCAUCUUCUACCGGAAGUCUCUGCCGAGCUUUUCUUCGUGGAUGGCGAUUCCAUCUUCUUCUGCCGGAUGCUUCCGAUCAUCGUCUCUCUCCGAGGACGCCGUUUCCCACAGCCAAUCCGUCGCCGUUUCAUUUAAGGCUGAGAUCUUCUGUCGCCAUAUGUCUUCUGCCAAUCUCAGAAUCAAGCUAUCAGUCUCCUCGUCUCACUGGCACUGUCACUCCUUCGCUGGCUCUUCGUCCUCGAUUUCUCGCCGUGCAAUCAAGUGUCUGAACUCAGAUUCCGAGGUCAAUCCGAUCAAAGAGUUGUUAGAUUACGAAGUCGUCCGGCCCGACGAUGGCGGCGGCGAUGAUGGGUCUGGAGGGAAUGGAGGAUUCCCCGGUGGCGGCGGCGGUGGAGACGAGGGCGGUGAUAACGGCGAGGAGGAGGAGGAGUUUGGACCGAUUAUGAAAUUCGUAGACGUGAUUAGAGAAACGGAGGCGCGUGGAGCCAAACUUCCAGCCGAUAUGCUGGAAGCUGCCGAGACCACCGGAAUCCGAGCCAAAUUUCUGCAUCGGUACCUGGAAUUGCAGGAAGCCGGGUGGCCGCUAGGGUUCUUGAUGAACCACUGCUCGAUGCUGCGCAAUCGGAUGAUGGCUGAUCCAGAUUUCCUCUUCAAAGUUGGAACGGAGGUAGUAAUUGAUUCAUGUUGUGCAACAUUUGCCGAAGUUCAGAAAAGGGGGAAAGAUUUCUGGUCAGAGUUUGAGUUGUAUGCAGCUGAUCUUUUGGUUGGCAUUGUUGUUGAUGUUGCUCUGGUUGGUAUGCUAGCACCUUAUGCUCGAAUCGGGAAGCCUUCCGUCUACAAAGCCGGAUUAUUCGGCAACAUACAGCAAGCUUGUGCUGCUCUUCCCAGCAGUGUAUUUGAGGCUGAAAGGCCUGGGUGUAGAUUCAGUGUGAAGCAGCGAGUGGCCACGUACUUCUAUAAGGGUUUAUUGUAUGGUUCAGUUGGAUUUGGAUGCGGACUGAUUGGUCAGGGCAUUGCAAAUAUGAUCAUGAAUGCUAAGAGGAGGAUGAAGAAGUCUGAAGUGGACAUUCCCAUACCACCUCUAGUCGAAAGUGCCAUCCUUUGGGGUGUGUUUCUCGGUGUAUCUUCCAACACGCGGUACCAAGUCAUCAACGGUCUGGAACGAGUGGUCGAAGCAUCACCACUGGCAAGCCAACUCCCUCCUCUCUCCAAGGCCUUCACUGUUGGUGUUCGAUUCGCCAACAACAUCUACGGUGGGAUGCAGUUUGUCGACUGGGCAAAGUUGAGCGGAGUUCAGUGAAGUGCUAGAAAACACCACUUCCACCUCCCUUCUCAGUCGUUGUUUUUUUGGCUGAGUGGGGGAAGAUUUGAGAUUUGGAUGGAGCAGUUUAGAUGAGUCCAGCUGUUGUGUAAUCUGUCGUCAACAUUUUGUUUUAUGAUGGGCUGAACAGAAUGGAGAACUGUAUUAGUAGGUGACCAGCCUGUCCUCUUUGCUUUGCUUUGCUCUCUCUCUCUCUCUUCUGGUAUUUGUCAGCAGUCAGCACUCGGUUAACGUACAAUUUAAGAUUUGAUUAGUAGUUGAUGACAAGACAAAUUCUAUGUGGGGGUUUUUAAGGACUAAUGAAUAGCUGGUAAAUUACAUUGGAAAGUGCAUUAACAUAAAAACG